AUGCCAUCAUUACCGCAUGUAUAUACAUCACCAGAUGGUAAAAUUGCAGACUACCACUCACAGCGUUCCGCUAAACGAAAACGAGCUGUUUAUGAACAGUUGGAUGCGGACAGUUCAUUGGUUGCCGACAAUGACACCUACCAUGCAGCGUCAACAACUCCUUAUAUGAGUGAUGAUAUCACUAAAGAGGAGAGAAGUAAUACUAGCACUACUACAACAACAAUGGGCGAGACAGACACAACAGCAACCACUGUGGAACUGGAACAAACCUCUGCGCCUACUAACACAACAGUAGCAAUGAAUGAAAAUGUCAGUGAGACGACAGAUAUGAACAGAGAAAAGCACUCAGCUUCCAGGAAUACUACUACUACGACGACGACAACAACAACCAAUGGUCGGACGAUGACAAUACAGAUGACUACCACUACUACUACUACUGCAGCUGCCAUCACCAAACUUCCUACAAGACUGGAUGAAAAUGAACGACACGCAACAUGGUCAACAUCACCAGGUCAUCGGAUAUCACGCAUUGGGGAUAGUGAUUACGAGACUGCCUUUCAGCCUUUUUCAGCUCCAGUCGAUAUAACGCAUACUAAAAGUGGGCAGGCUACGCUGAAACAUCAACAGAUAUUAAGAAGGCAGGCUGAGAAAUCAAAUUACGGUGGAUUACCCUAUGGUGGUGUUGUUAGUCUUUCGAUAUUGGGUGUAACAUUUGGCCUACUGUUUCUUCUUUGGUUCUGUAAACGUUGUGUCCUGAGAAAACGUCGAUCGAAGAAAGAUGGCAAGAAGAUGUCGCUGGCUGGUGGCAAGUUGGCUGCUGAUUUGAAAACUGCUGCGCAUUUAUCUGAAGUAUUAAAAAAUCAAGAUACUGUUGCUCUGAAAUCUGACAUGGAAAUGAAUGAAAGUGAACAAGCUGGUGAAAAAGUGAAACAGUAUUGUGGAAAACUUCAAUUCUCACUGGAUUAUGACUUUCAGAAAGCUGAGUUAACAGUUGGUGUCAUUCAAGCGUGUGAUCUACCAGCUAUGGAUAUGUGUGGUACAUCUGACCCUUAUGUGAAAGUGACUCUAUUACCAGAUAAGAAGAAAAAAUAUGAAACUAAAGUUCAUCGAAAAAUACUCAAUCCAGUAUUUAAUGAAACAUUUAUUUUUAAGAUUCCCUAUGCUGAGAUUACAGCGAAAACAGUUCAAUUCACCGUGUACGAUUUCGAUCGAUUUUCUAAACAUGAUCAAAUUGGACAAAUUAAAGUACCUCUGAGCACUGUAGAUUUAUGCAAUGUAAUUGAAGAAUGGCGCGAAUUGAAUCCACCAGAAGGUGAAGGGGAAAAAGAAAAUCGUUUAGGUGAUAUUUGCUUUUCACUACGUUAUGUACCAACUUCGGGUCGUUUGAAUGUCAAUAUACUUGAAGCGAAAAAUUUGAAGAAGAUGGAUGUCGGUGGACUUUCAGAUCCCUAUGUGAAAUUAUCGUUAAUGUUUAAUGGGAAACGUGUUAAAAAGAAAAAGACAACAAUUAAAAAGUAUACACUGAAUCCAUAUUACAAUGAAUCGUUUGCAUUCGAUGUUCCAUUCGAUCAGAUACAAAAAGUCAACCUCAUUGUUACAGUUGUCGAUUAUGAUCGUAUCGGUACCUCAGAACCAAUUGGUCGUGUUGUACUUGGUUGUAAUGCUACAGGCGCUGCUCUACGCCAUUGGUCUGACAUGUUGGCGAAUCCAAGACGACCAAUCGCCCAAUGGCAUACACUACAAGAUAUGCCAGAAAAGAAUUAA